AUGUCCUCGGACGAAGACAAAAAUCAAUCUGCUGAUGAUAACAAAUCGGAAGAACAAAACGAUACAUCAGCUGAUGCUAAUAAAUCUGAAGAACAAAAUGAUGCAUCCGCAGACGAUAAUAAAUCGGAAGAAAAAAACGAUACAUCAGAUGAUAACGAUAAAUCUAAAGAAAAUGACAAAGCGUCAGAUGAUCAGGGUAAAUCCGAAGAAGCAUCAGAAAACGAUGACAAGUCUAGCAAACAAGAAGAUAAAUCGAGUGAUAAAAGUCGAUCUGAACAAAAGGAAGAAGCAUCGGGUGGUAAAAAUGAAUCUCAAGGAAAUAAAGAUGGUGGAUCUGAAGAGGACAAUGCUGAAGAAUCGAGUGGUGAAUCAAAAGAAGAUGGUGGUGAUGAUUCGAAAGAAGAUGGGGGUGAUGAUGAUGCUAAUCCAAAUAAAACUCCAUCUGCAGGCGGACAUAAUGUCACUGGACCUGAAAAAUUUGUUGAAUCUGGUGGUUCAGGUGGACCAGUAGUACAAAAAGCUACUGGUUUUGAAUCUAUGGCUCAUCAUUAA